AAUACAAAAAUAGAGAAACGAUUUUUCUUUUCUUUAAAGAACUAUAAAAGGCCUAUGCUUCAGUCUAUCUCCAGCUGCUGCUGCAAAGCAACGUUUUCGCCAAUCUGCGCAUGGAGCUGCCAUGUGUAACGCGAGUUUCCCACUGCCCUUGCUGCUGCUGCUGUCCAUGAUUGUCCUCGCGAACCCAUCUUCUCCCAUCACCUAGAAGACGACUUAAAACCAGCAGUGUAAAAUGACGAAACUAGAGCCUGAUUGAUAUCUGAACUCAUUCUUUAUCAUCAUGAAGCAGAGAUGGUUUUUCUGCUGUUGUUGAAAAAGGGAGCUGGAUGCUCCAAUUUUCUUGGUGCGUUUCGGACAGGAUACAAUUACCAGCAAAAAUUUAGCUUGGUGAAUGUCAAGUUAAAAUGGGUGAAGGAUAGAGUAUUGGAUACUGUAGUGGCAGAUCAGGCAGAUCUUAAAGCAGCUUGCAUACUUGUUUCGAUCAUCUCUUCUGCUCGCGGAUGCUGCCUUCCUAUAUACCGGCUUAGACUGCAUCGUGGGCAGCUUGGGCUGCCUCAUGAUCUUAAGCUCUCUACAUUUAUCAGGAGAUAUCCUAAUAUUUUCUGUGAAUCUCAUGUUCUUGAUAGUGGAGGCACUCGUGUUCCCUGCUUUCAGUUGACUGCUGAAGCCCUAGAUCUCCGCCGUGAAGAACUUGGAAUUCUUGAGCAGAAUCAAAUUGAUUUGGUUGAACGGCUAUGCAAACUGCUUAUGCUUACAAGGGAUAGGACACUGCCAUUACAAACCAUUGACCAGCUGAGAUGGGACAUGGGAUUGCCUUAUGACUAUUUUGAUUCCUUGAUUCCACUUCACCCUGAUUUGUUUUCUUCAGUUCGCCUUCCUGACGAUCGUGUUGGCUUGAAACUCCAAGUUUGGGAUGAUCGCCUUGCUGUCUCCCAGCUGCAGAAGAAUGCUGCUUUGCAACAGAAGGAAGAAGACAUGAAAAAUGGCUGCUUAGCCUUUCCAGUUGGCUUUACAAGGGGCUUUGGAUUGAAGAGGAAAUGCAUGGAAUGGUUGGAAGAGUGGCAGAGACUUCCAUAUACUUCACCUUACUCUGAUGCCUCAGAUUUGGAUCCACGAACAGAUGUGUCUGAGAAGAGAAUUGUUGGAGUCUUUCAUGAGCUUCUCCACCUUACUGUACAUAAGAGAACGGAGCGCAAGAAUGUAAGCAAUCUUCGCAACCCAUUGUCACUGCCCCAGAAGUUCACUAGGGUGUUUGAGCGACAUCCUGGCAUUUUUUACAUCUCAAAGAAGAUUGAUACUCAGACUGUGGUUCUUAGAGAAGCAUAUGAUCGGCAACAACUUUUACAUAAACAUCCUCUUGUUGAUAUCAGGGGAAAAUAUGCAAGUAUGAUGAGAAAGGGAUUUUUGGAUAGAAGUAGAGGCUUAUACAAGAAAACAGCAUCUUCUGGUCCAGAGGAAUCAAUGAUUGUUCAUGGUGAUGAACCCACUGAUAGUUGUGAAGAAGAUUUAGGCUGUGAUUUGCUUUCCGAAUAAGUUAAUAACCCAAUGCAUGAUCCCUUAUGAAUCCUGCAGGCUUGUUCAUUUGAUUUCUACUUUGAGGAGAUUGUUUUUUAAAAUUCUCAACGUUGAAUAGAAUGAUUAUUACAGAUCA